AUGGGGAAGCCCAAAGCCAGGCCAGUGUCAAAGGAGGCUGGCAAGGGGAGAGGGCCCGCUACUCGGCCAGAAUCCAAGAAAGCCGCCCGUCCAUCCAGCGUAGCACAGACGCGGCAGCCGGCACAAUGUCGCGUGGUGCCUGCAGGGCGGCAAGGGCAAGCCGCCUCAGAGAAGCAGGAUCAGGCCCCAAAGCGGAGCCAGGGGAACCCGGCACCAGCCCGAUCAAGGGCAGCAUGUGCAGCAUCUGUAUCGCCGCCGCGACGGCCUCCUCUUGCUCCUGUUGCGCCAUUGGGGGGGGGGGCGCAUCUUCAGGACGUGAUAGACGCGCUUGAUACACGUGCAGCUGGUCCAGAACCAUCACCAGCAGGGAUAGGCAAGUCCCCACGUGCCCAACGCGCGCCUCAACGCGGUAACGCCGAGGGGAGAUCAGCGGAGUUAACGCUGCCAGAGACAACAGUGCAGGGGGAUCGGGAGAGACACCCCGAGAAACCAGCGGCGGAGUCUACUGCUGCCGAGGAGGCUGAGGAAGGCGCGGGAGCGGAGGCCCACGAGCCAGCGGCAAGGGUGGACGCGGCCACUGCGACUGAGACGGCGACUACUGGCAACGGCGCGACUGGAGGGACGCCUGUAGGGGCUGCUGCUCUGGGGGCGAUGGAGAUGGUGCCAGCGGCGACGGAGAUUGCAGAGACUGUUGGGGAGGCAUGGGAGGCUGCCGAGGCUAUCGCUGCCACUGGCGGCGGCUCAACUUCACCCUUUGCCAUGGCCGCGUUUGCCCCGCCACCUGCAGAGGGUUUUGGAUCGGGCUCGGGAUCGGGGGCGGUACUGUCACAGGCUGAGGAACCGGCACCGCCACGGAUGGGGGGGGGGGGCAUCGUCGGAGGCAGCGGCUACAGGAGGCCGGAGGAGGCAAGACGGCUCACGGGGCCCAAGGCGGAGGUCGUGGGGGAAGAGGCGGAAGACGGGGCGGAGGCGCAAUCGUCGGGGGAAGAGAGGCGCUUGUGA